CAUCGACGAGCAAAUCACAGUACAGUCUAAACAGGUAGCUUGUGGUCGGACACAUUUGGAUGUUACGCCACUGAACAAAGCUCAUUUUACACGAACGAACAUAUCUAGUUUGUCCAUUCGGUUUCCUGGGUGGAUUUUCAGAUGCAGUUGUGCAGAAGAUAGAAAUUAAGACACAUGCAUUGACACGCUGUUCAACAAAGCAAAGGAGCAAAACCAACACGAAACAAGAACGUGACAAUACAACGUGUGUGAUGAACAUUGCUCGUCAUUCACUGAGCUGCUACCAUUCAGCUCGUCAUUUCCUGAAGAAAUACACACUUUCGAGGUUUCAUCACUUUUCAACUUCAGCAAUGGCUUCCUUUAAACAUAAAAAUGCAAAAAGAAUUGAAGGUCUUGACAAGAAUGUCUGGGUUGCGUUUACUUCAGUGGCUGCAGACCCUUCAAUAGUGAACCUGGGACAGGGAUUACCAGACCUCCCACCUCCAUCCUAUGUCAAGGAAGGACUGGCUAAAGCUGCAUCAGUUGACAGGCUGAAUCAAUACACUCGGGGUUUUGGACACCCUACAUUGGUAAAGGCCCUUUCUGAAGUCUAUGGAAGAGUGUACGGGCGUCAGAUUGAUCCAUUCAAAGAAGUCCUGGUGACAGUGGGAGGUUACGGCUCUCUGUUUAGCAUCAUGCAGGGACUGGUGGAAGAGGGAGACGAGGUGAUAAUCAUUGAACCUUUCUUUGAUUGUUAUGAGCCAAUGGUUCGAAUGGCAGGAGCAAAGCCAGUCUUUAUUCCAUUAAGACUUAAAGCAGAAGGAGGUGCCACAAUCUCCAGCGCUGACUUUGCGCUUGAUCCAGAUGAGCUUGCAAGUAAAUUCAAUUCCAGGACUAAAGGCAUAAUAAUAAACACUCCGAACAAUCCAAUAGGAAAGAUCUUCACCAAGGAAGAGCUUCAGGUGAUUGCCGAUCUCUGUAUCAAACAUGACACACUGUGCUUCAGCGAUGAGGUCUAUGAAUGGCUGGUAUACAGUGGACAUAAACACGUUAAAAUAGCUACUCUGCCUGGCAUGUGGGAACGAACAGUAACAAUUGGAAGUGCUGGGAAGACAUUCAGUGUAACUGGCUGGAAGCUUGGCUGGUCAAUUGGUCCUGAGCAUUUAAUAAAACAUUUACAAACGGUCCACCAGAACAGCCUUUACACCUGUCCUACUCCUUUGCAGGAAGCAGUGGCGCAAGGCUUCCUACACAAUUUCAGUCUCAUGGAUGAUCCCGAGUGCUACUUUUACUCCCUGCCAAGAGAACUGCAGGGAAAACGGGAUCGGAUGGCCAAGUUUCUCCAAGCUGCAGGCAUGAGGCCUGUCCUUCCAGAGGGGGGCUACUUCAUGAUUGUUGAUGUUUCUGGGCUUAAAAAGGACCUGUCCGACAUGGAGGGAGUUGAGCCCUAUGAUUAUAAAUUUGUAAAAUGGAUGAUAAAGGAAAAGAAACUGGCAGCUAUUCCAAUUACAGCAUUCUGCGGGGCUGAAUCUACGAAGCAAUUUGAAAAAUACAUCCGCUUGUGUUUCAUCAAGAACGAUAGCACGUUGGAUGCAGCCGAAGCAAUUCUGAAAGACUGGAACAAAGACUUGUCUGUUUGAUAAAAUGCACUCUACUGUUUUUCUUUCGGGGAGAUUCGUGAAAGGCUCUUUCUUUAGGUUAUUUGUAGACCUGUGAUGCUGCUUCUAUUGUUGAAUUCAGCCGAUACAAUACAUGCUUGUGACAGGGCUAGGAGCCCUGCACAUGAAAAGGGGGCAUACAAACAUUUUCUUUAAAGGUGGUUAUCAAUAAUCAGUCCCUAGUUCCUAGCUUUAGUAACUAGAGUAGGUGUGUUUCCAUUAAUAUUCGGAGGGGUAAAGCUGUUCUUGGGUUUCUUGAGAGUCACUGUCGAUCCCAAUAAUAAAACCUCUGUUUUUGAAGGGUUUAGUUUCAACCAGUUUAAAUUAAGCCAGCUAUCCACCUUUGACAGGUAGCACUCCUGGUUGUGUUUGUCAUGUUCAUUUAACAAAAAUUGAUUUGCUGAUCUAUUUUAUUUACAAAGUCAAUUUGUUUCUGUAGCAUUUGUAUAGAAAAUAUGGUGCUUUACUGUAGGCGGUAGGUUUAUCAAUAACCAGAGCCCUCACAAGUUUAAAAGACAGUCCACAUUGAUGAAGUUUGGUUAUGUUUGUUUGAACUGUAAGGCGCUAACGUGGAACUAAAAAAGAUUUAAUGUUUUCUCAAAAGAUAUAUAUAAUAUUUUGAAAACAAAUUGCUGCUUGUUUGCGUUCCCUAAUUGAAAUAAAUGAAUACAACAAAAAAAA